CAAAUCAUGUCUACCAACGGAGACCACGAGAUGGCGGAUGCUGUUGUCGGCGCUGAUGUGGACGGCGCCGAAGUUGAACUCGUCGAGCCCCAGCGCAUCAGAGUUGAGGACCACACUCUUGGAAAUGCUCUACGAUACAUCAUCAUGAAGAACCCGGAUGUUGAGUUCUGCGGUUACUCGAUCCCCCAUCCUUCAGAAGCAAAGAUGAACCUGCGCAUUCAAACAUGGGGUAAGGACAGACCUGGCUAUGGCGACAUGCAAUUUGCUGACCAGUACACAGACGAAGUCAACGUCUACGAUGUUCUGGAAAAGGGUCUCAAUGAUCUUAUGAAUCUCUGCGAUGUGGUGGUCGACAAGUUUACGGUGUCAAGAGAUGCAUUCAACGCCAGCAAGGCAUGA